AUGCUCGGCUUCGUCUUUGCGACGGGCUUUGCUUUCGAGAUGGGCUUCAACGGUGCGAUGAACAAGUACUGGGACUACCUGAACCGCGGCCGCCAAUGGAAGGAUAUCCGCCACAAGUACGUCGAGGCUGCCGAUGACGACGAGGAAUAG